AUGCCCGACGCGUGCAGGUGCGCCAGCAGCGCGUGCACCGUCGUCGUCGUCGUCGUCGUCGUCGUCGUCGUCCCGCCCUCCGACGCGCGCGCGCACGUGCAGCCCGCCUCCCGAAACUUCCCACGCUCCUCCCGCCGCGUCGCCCCGCCCUCCCGCCGCGUCGCCCCGCCCUCCCGCCGCAUUGCCCCGCCGCGUCGCCCCGCCCUUCCCGCCGCGUCGUGUAGCAUCGCCCAGCCAUCUCGCCACGCACACGGCUUGCCCCACUACCUAGCGCGUCGGGCUCGCACCAUCCAUCGCGCUCGCACGUGCACCUGCGAUCCCUCGCCUCCCGUUCCCGCCUCUUCCCACGCUCCUCCCGCUGCGUCGCCCCGCCUUCGCCCCGCACACGAUUGUGGCUGGCUCAUCGCACUCGCCCUCCUCGCAGUUGCACGUGCAGCCGCAGGCUCGCCGACGCUCAUCCUUCCCGGCUUGCAUGGGUACCCCGCACGUGUCCAUUGGGAAACUCAGCCCCGCUUGCGAGCCAUCGCGGGCUCGCCUGCUGCCACGCUGCACUACAUCGCGCUCUCGCUGGGCCGGAGGUAG